CGUCGUGCGGUUGCGUGUUCUGGCCUGGACCAAGGAGGAGUCAUCAGUCCGUGUCGGUGCAGAGGGAACCACCGCCACCGCUGACUUGGGACGUGAGGGUUCCUCCUGACCCCCUUCGGAGCCUGGAGCAAGUGGAAGGAGAGUUGGCCUCGGGGUGCCCCUGGCAGCACACGAGCAGACGAAAGCUAAUUUAAUGUCCUGGUGAAUGUCCCACAGUGUGGAAUGUUUUACGUGGCUAUGUAUUUCCAUUGCUUCUAGAAACUGUGGCUCUUCAUAAUGAAGACAACUAAAUAGCCAAGCUUGAAGUUGAGGUGGAUCCAGUGCCAAGGCACCAUCAGUAGGAGCCUGGGGACCCCAGCAGCUUCUGGCAGCUGCUUCUAGAGCUGAAGGGAAAGAAGCAGAUACACGCUUGUGGGGUUAUAGUUUCCUGGGACCCAGGAAAGGCCUCGGGUUGCUUUGAGGAGCUAGAGUGGUGAGGAAUCAGCAGUUUCCAAUUACAGCUCCUGAAAGAAGUCUCCUCAGACAGAUCCCUGCCUACAAAAUGGCCUUUGCAGCCUCCCUGGCUGAGCUCCAAGCAGAGGCCAGCUGCUCCAUCUGCCUGGAUUACCUGAGAGACCCAGUGACCACUGACUGUGGGCACAACUUCUGUCGCUCCUGCAUCUACCAGUGCUGGGAAGACCUACAGGAUGUCUUCCCCUGCCCUGUCUGCCUCUACCACUGCCCUGACAAGACCCUCCAGAAGAACAUCCAAUUGUGCCACAUAACUGAUGCUGUUAAGCAGCUUCCCACCCCCAGGAGGAGCAAGAGAAAACGACAGGAAGAGGAGCCCCUGUGUGAGAAGCACAGUCAGAUUCUGACUUUGUUCUGUGAGAAGGAUCUGGAGCUGCUGUGUCCCCAGUGCAGGGUCUCCUGUGACCAGCAGGGUCACCCCCUGACACCCAUUGAGCAAGCUGCAGCUACUCACAGGAAGAAGCUCAAAAGCUAUCUUGAACCACUAAGGAAGCAAGUUGAAGAUACAAAAAGGCAGUGUGAAAUUCCAGUUUUAAAAACUUUUGACAUGAGGUGGAAGUUAGAACACUGCAGUAGGGAAUUGCAGUCUGAAUUUGAAGAACUUAAGCAUUUCCUGAGAAAGGAUCGAGUUGCAAUUCAUAACAGGCUAUGCACUGAAGAGAAGGGUGUUGAAGAAAAACUGCUUGAAAACCGAAGCCAAAUUUCAGACCAUGUAUCAACACUAAAACAUCUGUUAUAUGAAGUAAGAGAUAAAUGUUUUCAGACAGACCUGGAUUUACUGACAGGUAUCAAGAAUAUCUACAACAUGUACGAGAAUCUGAAAACUCCAGCAGUUCUUUCCUACGAAUUAAAGAAGGAGAAUUUGAGUCUUCCUCCACAUUAUUUUGGCCUGCAAAAACUGAUCAGCACAUUUCAGGUAGAUUUGACACUAGAUCCAGAAACUGCCCACCCUAAUCUGAUUGUCUCAAAAGAUGGAAAAAGUGUGAUACUUAGGAAGAUGAACCCCAACACUAUGUUUAAUCUUCAGACCUUUCAUUUCUAUGCAGCUGUCCGGAGUCAUGAGCAAUUUGAUGCUGGGAGACACUUCUGGCAAGUGGAAGUAAAAGGCACAGGGACAUGGUCGCUGGGUGUGUGUAAGGAAUCUUUUCCCAGAGAUGCUCUUACAGUGCCAUCUCCACAGAAGGGAUGCUGGCACAUUCAGUACCUCACUAGCACGCGCAGUACAAGGAAGACAGUGCAUGUCAUGCGAAUUGGCAUUUUUCUGGACUAUGACUUGGGAGAGGUUUCGUUUUAUAAUCUGAAUAACAGAUCAUACUUGUAUACUCUCACUGGUACGUUCACAGAAAAGCUUAUGCCUUAUUUCUCUAUCGAACAGUCUUCAAAAUCUCUUGCAAUCAGGAUUGUCACAGACCAAAGAUGAAGUACUUAGAGGACUUGUUUGUGCAUGGUUAUCUUUUCUUCUUGUG